ACGGAUCUGUGUAAGACGUUACUAAUGGUUACAUCACACAUAUUCUGGAGUUGACAGAUGCUGAAAAUAGUUAUUAAAUAGCUGUAUACAAGAUUAAAUAAGCAUUAUUGCUUUAGGAUCACAACUGCGGAAGACUGUAUGAGCUAAUAUUUCAAUAUGCAAAUUCGUCGUGGCGGAGCCUUAUUUAAAAUUUAAUACAUGAGUGUCUUCCAAUAAAACUCUAAUGUUUAAGAAGCGACCGGUUGAACACGGUUUAUUCUAAUAAGAAUUUACAUUGAUCCAAGGAAAAUCAAAUAACAUUGCAAACUCAUCAUUUAAAAAGAAAGUAUUUAAAGAUAAGCGGCGAAAUCAGAACCUGUUAUUUUACAUAAAUUCUAAUAAUUGUUACAAUCGAUAUGCAUAUAAGACUUGUUUUGAGUGAAUGCAGUUGUCUUAGUUUAUUGACAUUUUACCAUCAUAAUGCUAAUUUCAGACUUCCUGAUUCCCUUUACAAUUAUCUCAGUCGCAUGUCCUGGAAGUUUUAAGAUGUUACACAUUUUUAGUGGAGAAGAACAAAUUCAGCGUCAGCAAUAUGAUAAGAAAAAUUCAACAUUUUUGCCGAAGUACAGAAGUCCGUGCUGGUACGACCAGGCAGCUGACAACAAAACAAUGCAAUUAAAAUGUUUGCCAUACUUUUACCUCAUUGGUGCUCCUAAAUGUGGUACCACAGAUCUACAGUCCAGAAUGAUAGCACAUCCACUUAUCUCCGAAAAAGUUGUUAAAGAACCUCACUGGAUAAACAGACAGAGAUAUCGUUUCGGAAAUGAACUGUCAAAUUACCUUCACCUUUUCAACAAAGCAGUACAAGAGGAUAUUGUUGACAUAGAACAGAAUGGAUACCAUCCUAUUAUAUUUGGUGAUUGCAGUGCCUCCACUUUAUGGGAUAUCAGACUUAUGAUGAGGGAAAGUAGAUACUUGGGAUUUACUGAGCCUCCUUAUACAAACGCAGAUAUUAUCCAACAACUGAAUCCUUUUGCAAAGUUUGUUCUCAUACUGCGAAAUCCUACACAAAGGUUGUAUUCCGACUAUUUUUAUUUUGGCAAAGGAGACAAUGCAUAUCAUUUUCAUGAUAGUGCGUUAGAUGCCGUGAAAAAUGUUACUACUUGUCUAGCAAACUACAGCUUACGCCACUGCGCUUAUUUGGAUUUGCCACAGACGGUUAGGCUUCAUAUCGGGCUAUAUCAUGUGUUUCUUGAAGACUUCAUGCGUGUCUUUACACGGAAUCGAAUACACGUCUUGAAACUGGAAGACUAUUCGAGAAACCCUGCGAAAUAUUUAGACGAGGUGUUCUUGUUCUUAGACUUAG